CGUCACGUGACACAUGUGUGUCAUGGCGUUCGUAAUUGCAUAAAUAAUUUUCUCUUUAUCGAAUAAUUUUCAUUUUCGUUUUUUCUUUAUAUCACGACGUCUCCGUUGAUGAUGAGUGACUGAUAAAAACUCGCGCACAAACGUACGAGCGCGCCAGUGCGCUCCGAUAUAGCGCGAAGGUUGUACUACUUGGGUGUCAUUCGCACUAGAAAUACAGUGAUAUCUUAUGAUCGCGGGUGUUGCAGCUGUAAAUUGAGACGAGUGAACUUGUCGCUCCUGCUUUGGAUGUCGCACAUGCUGUUUUUGAGGAGCUGAGAGCUGAGUCUUGAUGCGGAUCGAGUCGCUCGUAAAAUGGAGAAGAGAUUAUCCGAUCCAUCGAGACCACCAUGUCAGAAUGUGCCGAGUCACUCGAGGAGGAAUAGGAGACGAUCCAGCCGCAGAAACAACCUACCGGAUACGGUAUUGGAUACAUGGACAAGUGGCAACGAUCAGGAUACUGGUUUGAUAUCGAAUAUGGAGUACCCACCGCGGAUGCUAUGGCAGUCAACGGGAGUUCCGCAGAACGUGCCGAAUAAUGGACAACGUUUAUUCACUGCAAUGUCUGAUCCCAGCGUGUGUGGUUACUCACCAUUGCCAUUGACGUACACCAUGCAGCCGGUCUCACUGCCAGCAAUGUACAGAAUGUAUCAGCCGAUGCCGGUGCCAAAUGUCAGAGCCGUCCACAAUAGACAUAGACGUCACUGUAAUGAACACUCGACGAACGUUCGUCCCAGUACCAAUAAUAUUGUUGCUAAUGGCUAUGGGAGUCUGCAGGAAAACGGAAGAUUGGAAUCCAAUGUACAUAUUGCAUACCAAAAUGGAGAUUAUGCCAGUCUACCACCCACUGCUAACAAAGACAAUGGGAUUAACGGUGAUGAAUUAAAUUCUGAGCAUAGAAGAUAUUCGGAUCCUGGACUUGGACCUGCUGAGAACUUGCCUCAUUCAAACAGCGAAGAUUCUGACAGUAUGGAGAGUGGAAGUUCCAUAACCACCAUUAGCCGUAGCAAUAAGCUUGUUCUAUCACUCAUUGAACAGAUGACAGAAUUGAAGAAAUAUAACAGCCAAUUAUUUAAAGAAUUGAAUGAAACUAAGUCAAAUUUAGAAAAUAUAAAAGCAAAAUUGGCACAAUGCAAACACAAUACUCCUACAGAUUAUCAACCUGGAAUGUUAUCAGAAUUUAUACGUGAAAUUAGAGAAGCUAACAAGAAUUGUGAAGAAGUCUUAGUCAUAAAAGUUAAAUCAAUGUUGGAAGACAAAAAUAAUCAACAAACAAGAGAAGUAGAAGAUUUUAAGAAUCAAUUGUUGAAGUUGACAAAGGAAAAAGAGGAAAGCAAUCAGCGUGUCGCGAAAUUGGAGGAGGAAGUGAUGGCGUUGAAGUUGAGCGCAACCAACGAAGGCCGCGAGAUCGCAGCUUUCGAGGAGGAGACCCUGGCGUUACGGCGGGAGCUCCAGGAGGCGCGGGCGUCCAGGACUCUGGCCGAGAAUCAUGCGGCAAAGUGCGUAAACUUUGCGGUAUCCAGUUCUGUUACGCCUGUAACUUUCGAUACGCCCUGUAUAACUAGCACCCCCGUGCGUACCGCUCUUUCCGACACUCGUUCCCUAUCCCCCGUUUUCUCAUCUGCAAUCUCAUCGCACUCCUCCUCCGCCUCUUCCGUUCUACGUUCCCGUUCCGUGGAGGUAGAGACCCUUCUGCUCGUCUCCGAGACGGCGGAUCAACGUCCAAGCACUGGAACUGAUUCCGAGUCUACAUUACGCGAAGAACCUGCACCAUCCACGGAGGAUGAAAGCGAUCGGAGUUCAGAGACAACUUCGGCACCCUAUUCGACUUACAUGAACGAUAAUGCCACGAACACGGUUGGAAUUAAACCUGGGAAUGAGAGCAGAAAUCAGAAUUCAAUAUCCACCGAUAUUGACGACACUUUUACGGAAUUAUUUACGAAUUGGGAAAUGUGUAAGGCUCACAUCGCGGAGAAAAGCAAACUAAAAUCUUUGAUGACGGACUUAAAAUCUUUGAAGGAGGAAAUACACACACACACACACACACAAACCAAUAUCUUAACUGACAUUCCAGAGGAACAGCCUGACGAUGAACUUUCAAGAAAAUGGGAGCGAAUGGAAGUGUACAUCAAAUCACUGCAGAAAAAAGAUGAAACGGAAAUCGAUGCAUUACCGAGCAUACUCAAGGAAGAGGAGGAUUCGUCGGAUAGCGACGUGACGAGCAAGAGAGAGAGAUCGAUUGAUCAUGCGAGUUGGCAGAGACCGGGCGAGUUUCGUAAUCAACGAAGCAGCUUUAAAAAACCGCGACGGAAGAAGAGCAGCUUGAAGAGAUCGUUCAGCGAAACGGACAAAUCUGACAAGAGCUCGCUGCAAGACACCAAGAUUCUGGCCGAUUCCUCGAGUUCGUACGCGGUUAAUUGUGGCGCGGUGAACGAGGAAGAAAGUUAUUAUCUCAAUGACAGCCAUACGAGCCGAGCCAUCACCGAGGUGCCCGAUGUCGCUGUGGUCGGUGGUGGCUGCAUCAUGCCGAAAGACUUCUGCUCGACGAAACCUUUGACUUCCAGAACCCAAACAGCACCUUCACGUGCCACCGCCUUCACCUAUACCACCGCCUUUAUUUAAAUUACGUACGCGCGGGGCCUCGAGCAAAAGAUAAAAAAAAAAAUAAACCGCAAUACCACGCUGCUCGUCGUCAAUAUACGCGAAAGGGGGCUUCAAGGGGCUUCUCACUAGAGGCUACUACUAUGUACAUGUCGAAUAGCACGUAGGUCUAUUGUUCACUCGUCAUGCAUGCUUUUUCGUACACGCUCGUCGUACUUACGCCCCCCCCCUGCUUUCAGCUGCGCCAUGCUUUAUGUUCAGGGGAAUUACGUCAUCCUGGUAUCAGAGGGAAAAGAUUUAUAUUUUUAAAUAUAUGUAUAAAAACAAUUGGCACAAGUCAUUUUUAGAAACAAAAAAUAUCAGUUUUAAUGAAUUGUGUAAUUGACUGAUAUUGAUCUUUAUUUGUUAUAAAGAUCAGUUGAUAAUAAUAUAAUUUUAAUUAUGAAUUUAUGUGUCUAUAAAAUAACAAUAUGUUUAUAAGAUAACACACACUGCUUACGUGUAUAUAACACUUAGUGUAAAAUAUGUAAACUACAUAUACUUAUAUAUUGGUAACUAAUAAUGUAGAUACCGGAAUAACGUAAUACAUCCGUGCCAUGUUCGUGAUACAACGCAGCACUGUUUCCAUAUCCAUUGCACUUUAAAGGGAAAUUAGAAAAAGAUGACUUAAUUGCUAACUGGAGCAACUUUCAUUCCAUUAUAAUUAUAUAUAUAUAUUUUUUAUUUUUUACUAGUAAAUGUUAUUUUUUGAAUAAGUUUUUCAACUUUAAAACUACUGAUUCUUUUUCAUGAAGAAAACUGAUUAGCAUUAAGAAGAAGAAAAUUGAUUAGCAUUAAUUU